AUUAAUUGCCUGCCAAAUCUCUGUACAAAAUGAAUUGCUCGACUUAACGUGAUGGAUGUGAUCGACGAUAUUGAAGACUCACGAGAUUUCGUGACAGUCUACAAGAAAGAUUAUCUCGAAAAGAAAUAUAAAAGGACUUACAAGUACAAAUUAUUACCAAAAUAUACAUCAUCCUCGAACGUCUUGAACAGACCGUACAAACAAUAUUUGAACACGCAAUUGGAAAAUCAAUCUCUACCUGAGAAUGAACGAAGCGAAGAUCCAGUAGACAAUUUAAAUAGAGUAAAAAUAUAAAUCUUUUUAUAAUCGUCAUCAUAUAUCAUUGUAAUUGUGUGUACCUCAUCAAAAAUACAGAUACGCGACAAAUUUCCCCAUUUAAAAAAUACUCUACCGGAAAUCGUGCCAGAUGACAACGUAAUAGUACGCGAGAAGAUGAAAUCAAUGAAGACCACGUAUCAACUAGAUUACUCAAAGGAAUUUCAAAAGGGUUCGUUACUUAUAAUAUAAUUAUAUCAUUAAAUGUAUACAAUAUAGUUGCAUUACGUUGUUAAAAUAAUAUUUAUAUUUUUGAAAACCUGGGACAUUAUGAACAAUAUUGUUUAGCUUUGUUUACUUAUUUAAUAUCACAAUA